AUGAAGUCCUUCAAGCGCCCUCUCUUUUCGUUCUCGCUCCCUUCGUCACUCGAUGACGAUCUGGAGCUGGUGAAAGGUCUGCUGGAGAAAGAGACCGAUGCGGCACUCCCAUUGCCGAGCAAGCAUGGCACUUCCACGUCGGCAGUGGGUGGCCGGUUCACUGGGCUCAUCCAACGAUUCACAGCAGCACUCCUUCCGCACCCAAUAGCCCGUCGCCUGGCACCCCACCUCCACGGACCGCCACGGAUCCACGCGACAUCCUACCUCGACGGUCUCCGCGGCAUCGCCGCGUUCAUCGUCGUCUUGCAUCACUACACCAACCUCGUGACCCCCUAUCUCGCCUACUACAACGUCGACGCCGCAGAAACGAGACCGUCAUCGAUACUCCAACUCCCAUUCGUCCGCGUCAUCUACUCCGGGCGGCCAAUGGUGCACAUCUUCUUCGUGAUCUCCGGCUUCGUUCUGUCCAAGAAACCGCUCAGACUAGCACGCACCCGCAACUACGGCGGUCUGCACACCACGCUCGCUUCUUCCAUCUUCCGCCGUGGUCUACGCCUCUUCCUACCCGCCGCAGUAUCGACGUUCAUCGUGCUGCUCCUCAUCCGCGUCGGAUGGUCUCGACAGCAGCCGAUCGACGGUGGGUUCGUUGCUCAGCUGUGGGAUUGGACGGGAGUCCUGUUUCGCAUUACGCAGGGGUGGCGAUGGGAUAUCAUGCAGGAGUUCCGAUACGAUAUGCACACUUGGACGCUUCCGGUUGAGAUGUCGAUGUCGAUGUUGUUGUUCGUGACUAUCACAGGUCUUUCAAGGUGCGAGUCGUCGACCCGGCUUGCGCUGAUGGUGGCGUUCAUGUUGUACUGCUUCCUUAGUAGUCAUUGGGCAGCUGUUGAGUUUUUGGGUGGUGCGUUUAUUGCAGAGGUUGAUUUGAUAGAGGAGGACAAAGGUUCGGAAAGCCCAUCUUACCUUGGGUCGACCGGUCUGGAAGAGCAUGCCAGCGACCAGGUCGCUCCUGACUCGACCUCUACAUCUUCCACGGUGCCAAAAACGCCGAGAUGGGCCGCGGUAGCUUUGGCUGUCUUCUGGUCUUCCCAACUGACAGCAGCGCUUUUCCUCUGCGGGUGGCCGAAUAAAGAAGUUGAACAAGCCCCCGGACUAGCCUGGCUGGCCGAACAUUCCCCAGAUCCAUACUACUCAUGGGGCUUGGACAGCGACUUAAUGGAUUGGAGAGCUACCCCAUGGUACAUAAUCGCUUCUCUGCAAAUCGUAUUCGCAUGCCAACAGCUGCGUCCUUUGCAAAGAUUCUUGAACAUGGAACCGAUUCAAUACCUGGCGUCCAUUUCAUUCGCUCUGUACCUCAUGCACGGGCCACUUUUCGACAGCCUUGGUAACAGAGUUAUGGAUCCGAUCUGGGACUUUGCCGGCGUGCCCGGAGGUAGAGCUGGUGUGAGGGAGGAAACCGCGAGUGCUUGGCAGCUUUUCUUUGUUUGGAUGGCAGGUGCGGUAGGCUUGGGGAUACCUUCAGUGUGGGCGGCUGAUCUGUUUCGGAGAUUCAUAGAUCAGCCGUGUGUGGAAUUUGCGAGGUGGUUGGAUGCGAGGUGCGUUGGAGGAGAAAGUUGA